UAUCUUUAUUAACGACGACGACAACGGACGAAGUAGAUAAUAAUAAUAUUAUACCUUCAAAUAGUCCACCUUCUAAACCCACAUUACCCCCAGAAGAAGAAAAAAAACUUAUGCCCGAUUCAUCAAAAAUAAUUUUAAAAUCUAAAAAACCAUUUUCUGCAUUAACUGCAUUGAUUGCAGAAAAAAAGAAUAAAUUGGACAAUCCAUUUGCGGAAGAAUAUAGUUUCUUUGCUGGAAAAGGAGAUCUUAAUCCAAUAACACGAAAAAUUUAUCUUCCAUUUAGUGCUGAACCCACAAAACCUAUGAGUGUGAUUGUAAAAAGAGAUGCUAGUGUGGAAGAAAUUAUUGGUUAUACCUUAUAUCAAUAUUGGGAUGAGAAAAGAGAACCUAUACUUGAUCAAACAUUAUGUGAUGUGGUUCGAUGGAAUAUGAGAAUUGUUGAAGAUGAUGGUGUUAUUGAUGAAGAUUUUCCUGUUAAACAAAACGAAGCUGUUUCCUCCAAGACGAGACCUCCACCUAAGGAAACUUUGGCUGCACCUCCAUCAAUAAAUACUAAUGGGACAACCAUUAAUUCAAUAUCUGCUUCUAGUAAUACAGUUAAUGGUGGCAAUAGUACUUCCGGAGUAGUAUCUACUAUUGAUCUUACUAAUCAAAUAUUUUUACGAAUUCGACUUACUCUUACUCCUUAUGAAGAGGUCGCACAUACCACAACAAUAAAUGUUUCAGGAGAAAUGCCUUUUCGGGAGGUUUUGGGAAUAAUUUGUCGUAAACGCAAAUUGGAAAGUAAUAAGUAUACUCUUAAAAUUGCUGAUACUGAUAAAUAUAUAGAUUUGGAAAAAACUGUAGAAAGUGAAGGAAAUGCAAAUGAGUUGGCUUUAGUGGAGAAACCCAUUAAUGGUACUACAAGUGCUGAUGUACCACCACAAAGUCCAACAA